AUGGCUGCAAUGAAGAAUCUGCGAAUUGGUGUUGACGUUGGCGGUACGAAUACAGAUGGAGUCAUCAUUGAUCCGACUAAGUCUAAUGAUGAGGAUCGUGGGAUUGUUGCUUGGCACAAGGCACCAACAACAACAGAUCCCAGCCAUGGAAUCGCCAAUGCCAUCACGACAAUGUUCAAGUCCGCGUCCGUGGACCCAGCGUCCGUAGCCAGUGUGACAAUAGGAACAACUCACUUUGUCAACGCAGUCGUGACUCGAGAUCGAACACGCCUCUCCCGUGUUGCUGUAAUCCGUCUCUGCGGCCCAUUCAGUAAGCACGCACCACCCUGUGUUGACUGGCCCACCUCCCUACGCAACAUCAUCCUCGGACACUACGCACUCCUCAAGGGCGGAUUGGAAGUCGACGGCAGCCUCAUCUCGGACAUCAAAGAGGAGGAAAUCAUCGAGCAAUGCCGUAUUAUCAAAGAAAAAGGAAUCAAAAGCAUAGUCGUAAACGGCGUCUUCAGUCCCAUCGACACAAUCGACAAGCAAGAAGAACGCGCCUCCGAAAUCAUCAAACGCGAACUCGGCAACGACGUCGACAUUGUACUCAGCAAGACAGUAGCCAAUCUCGGGUUCUUGGAGCGCGAAAACGCUGCGAUACUGAAUGCCUCGAUUCUGAGUUUUGCGAGAAAGACAAUCGCGUCGUUUCAGACGCCAGUCAAGAAAUUGGGACUUAACUGCCCUGUGUUCAUCACGCAGAAUGAUGGCACGAUACUCAGUGGUAAAGCAGCAAGUCAAUUGCCCAUCCGCACGUUUUCGUCCGGCCCGACAAACAGCAUGCGCGGAGCGGCUUUUCUAAUGGGAAAGCAAGAAAAAGAAGCAAUGAUGGUCGUUGAUGUUGGUGGCACCACUACAGACGUGGGCUUACUACUUGCCAACGGCUUCCCCAGACAGCAAGCCGCAUACUCUGAACUAUCGGGCGUGCGAAUGAACUUUUCGUAUCCCGAUGUUAAGAGUAUCGGGUUGGGAGGCGGCAGUCUGGUGCGGAGAGUCGAGGGGAAAAUGCAAGUUGGACCAGAAUCCGUGGGCUACAAGUUACCGGAGAAGGCACUUGUGUUCGGGGGUAGUGUUGCAACGGCGACCGAUUACAUUGUUGCGGCAUCGUCUGAUGUUGCUAUCGGCGAGCCGGACAAGGUGCGAGGGAAGCUUCAAGAGGAGGAUGUACAGGCUUUCAAGACGGAGACAAAGCGCAUGCUUGAGAGUAUCAUUGAUACCAUGAAGACGUCGCCGGAGGACCUUCCUGUUCUUCUAGUUGGUGGCGGCGCAGUCAUAGCACCUGAUGAGCUCAAAGGUGCAAGCAGGGUGAUCAAGCCUCGAUGGUCGGGCGUAGCCAAUGCAAUUGGUGCUGCAAUGGCACGUGUUAGUGCCGUCAUCGAUACUGUCAAGUCGACGGAAAAGCAAUCACAAAAGGAGCUUCUAGAAGAAAUCUGCGCUGAAGCCAAGAAAAAGACAAUUGAAGCAGGCGGCUCAGUGGAUACAGUUGCAAUUGUGGAAGUAGAAGAUCUGCCCUUGCAGUAUGUGGCUAACAAGACUCGCUUCAUGGUGCGAGCCGCUGGCGACUUUGACUUUUCCCGUGCAGGCGACUUUUCAGACUUGGAUGUGACUAAAGAUGGAGAAGAGUCAGAAACCAGUCUGGAAGACACUGGCGCUACCAUUGCUGCGCCUUCAACCGAAGAAAACACAGACGAAGCCGAUGCUGUGACGGAAGUCGACAUUGAUACGUAUAAACCCAACGUCAAGAACCGCGAAUGGUGGAUCUCAGAAACAGAUCUUGCAUGGAUCACAACCGGAUGCUAUAUCUUGGGUACUGGUGGCGGCGGAUCCCCUUACUCAACCAUGCUUCGAGUCCGAGGAAUACUUCGCUCAGGCCACACAGUCCGCGUCGUCAACCCUGACGACCUAGCAGACGAUGCUCUCGUAGGCAGCGGAGGCGGAGCCGGCAGUCCAACCGUAGGCAUUGAAAAGCUCUCCGCAGAUGAAAUGAUGGACGCCCAAACCACCCUUCGCAACCUCAACCCCGGCAACUCCGCCACCCACAUCAUCCCCCUCGAAAUCGGCGGCUCAAACGGCCUCCAAGGCCUCGUCCUCGGCGCCUCCUCCAACAUGAACGUGCCCUGCAUCGACGGCGACUGGAUGGGCCGCGCCUACCCCACAAAAUGGCAAACAACCCCCGUCGUCUUCGGCGAGCGCCCCAUCGUCUUCGCCCCGGUGGCUGUCGCCGACGGAAACGGAAACACGCUCUACAUGCCCACCGCGGCGAGCGACCUCAAAGUCGAGCAAGUGAUUCGUGCCGCGCUCAGCCAGAUGGGGAGUGCGGUGGGGACCGCCGAUGCGCCUGUUACUGGGGAGGAAACGAGGCGCUGGGCCGUCGAGCAUACGGUGUCGCUUUCGUGGCGGAUCGGUCGUGAAGUUGCGAGGGCGCGAAAGGAGAAUCGCAUCGAUACCGUCGCCGAAAGCAUUAUCGAUGCAAUUGGCGGUGCGGAGACGGGCAGCGUGCUUUUCAAAGGCAAGAUCGUGGGUGUCAGUCGGAAACUACACAUGGGGCAUGUGUACGGUGAGGUUGUGAUUCAAAGCACCACCCCGGAAUUCACGGGGCGCAUCAAGAUUCCUUUCAAAAACGAAAACAUUGCGGCACUCCGGGUUCCGGAAGAGGGGGACCGCGCGACUGGAGAGGAACGGAAUGAGGAUGUGCUGGCGAUUGUGCCGGAUCUUAUUGCUGUGAUUGAUGCGCAGAAUGGCGAGGCGAUUGGGACGCCCGAGUACCGGUACGGGUUGCUUGUUUCUGUGAUUGGGGUUACGGCGAGUGAGCGGUGGACGAGCGAACGGGGGAUUGAGAUUGGGGGGCCCAAGGCGUUUGGGCUGGGGCAUUUGGAGUAUAAGCCGCUCGGCAGGUUUGUGAAGCCUGUCAGUGUUAUUGAUGAGUACGAUGAGAGGGCGUAG